UCAUUCCCGCCCGCGAGUUGUUCUGAGCGAAGCGUUGACUGAAACUGUGCGUAUCGCCGUCUCUGCGUUUCUAGGUGUGAAACAUGUUUUUCCUAUUGAAUUGCUGCCAAAAGUACAAGAUGUGAUCGUCGUGAAGUGUAGUCAGUAUCGAAUGUGCAAAACGGCGUCUACUUGAACCAGAUACGACCAAUAUUUUACCGUUUAUAGAGUGAACAUUAACCCCGAGACCUCACGUACAUAUUCAUGACUCGUUGGACGACGUUGGUGGUGCGUCGUUUCUCGUGAAUGCGAUGCCAUACGUCGUCGUUCGAUGGCGCAAAACCGUUGUCGCAAGGAUAUCGUCGGCAAGAGGUUCUUGUGCGUUUCGUCGAGUUCAAUCAACGGCCAGUCUUCAUCACCAGCUAAAAGUGCCAUUCAACAACAACAACAACGUACCCCGAACGAACCUGCUCGCUGGGCCUGGCGGGCGGGCGUGAUUCGUGCCGCCACACUCCACAACAUCGAUCAACACGACCUCCAGUUACUCCUGGAAUACGACGACUUAAGCUGGGAUCAGCGUGAAUGGACCAGUAUUCACCAAGCGGGUGUAUUUCACGUCUUCCUCGUCGAACACGACCUUUGGUGGGCGGAGGCGCAGCAACAACUUUGGCCCGCCUUGGCUUUCAGCAGUUUGGUGAAUCGGAGUCGUGUGGUGUUUCAAUUGCCAACGUCCUCUGGUUCGGUUGACGAAGAAGAGGUCGACGGAUCAUUGCAUCCGAGUGGCGUUGCUAGGACAAUUGGUGGCAGUGUUGAUCGUAGUGACGGUGAAACGAAACGAAACCAGUGCGCCGAUUUAGCAUCGGAACGAAAGAAAAACACAACGUGUGGAAGUAAAAAACCAGUGUCAUUAGUGGCUGUUGAAUUCCUGUUGGACCAGCAGCGUUCCUUCCUUCCAUCAUCCCGUCUGCAACCUUUCCAGGAUUGGGAGUCGUUCGGUUGGUCUAGCCCUGCCGAGCAUCAAAAUCGAUCGCAUCCGACAUCUUCCUCACAGGCAGUGCGAGAAGCCGUGCGGAAGUGGGCGGAGCUGCAAGCCGGACAGCGGAUUCUGGUUACUACGCCUUCAGUCGUCGUCGGCUACCGUUGUCAGGUGUACCGGUCCGAAGGUGCCACACAGUGGUACACGGCUGUCAUUGUCGGCCACGACGAGGAGUCAGGGGAACUGACCUUGACAGACGACACCGUGCUUGAAGAGCACUACGAAGACCCUCGUUUGCUUCAAAUCAAAUUGCUGGGAGAAGGAGUUGUUGAAUCCAUUUUGAGAGGUGAAACAGUAGGCAUCACAUCCAGACGCUCGAGAGCUUCAUCUCAGGCGGGGAAAGUGGUCCAUUCAUCGUUGGUCAGUCUUGCAGCACCUCACCAUCCAGCAACGAAACGUGGGAGUGGUGUGGCCGCAGUCCGCCCAGGAGACCGGAACGAUACCACACCGAAAAGCAAGGUGAUCCGGAGCAGCCCGUCCAAGGUCAACAACAGUUGCAGCAGCAGCAACAGCAGUAGUAACAGAGAACGGAAACGCAAGGCGAACUGCGCCGUGGAAUCGGACGACGAAGCUGUCGUAGGCGGUUCGUCGGUCAAGUCGAAACCGGAAGCGUCGCACGAGGAGAAGGCUGUCGCCACGCGUCCAGUGUCGAAUAGUUGUGAAACUGUUGGAUUACCCUCCGUCAAGACGUCGUCGUCGGUGGAGAUCAUCCCCGUCGUCAGUGCAGCAGCGACGGUCGCAUCGAGAUCGUCUGAAACGACGACGAGCAGCAGCAGCAGUAGUGCCGUUUGUAGUGAAGCGUCGUCGUCCGUCAGCGCCAGCGUGGCGACUUCGGCGCCACCAUCCGUUGUGUCCGUCACGGAGAGUGACAGGGGAGGGCGGCUCCGCGACAAGAACAAUCUCAGCAAAGACGCUGUCGUGUCUUAUCCGGGCGGAUUAGCCGGCGGUGGUAGUGGUGGUGUUGGUGGCAGUGGCGGAGGCGGACUCGUGAUAUUUCCUGUACCGCCGCGGACAGGAGCGCCGGGAGCCACAAUUCCUCCGCCUAUCCAGCAGCAGCAUGACAGGCCUUACAGUUCAGUAAUCUCGGCUGCUUCCAAUAGCACGACCGCUGCUGCUGCUGCGGCAGCAGCUGCCGCCGCCGCUGCCGCCGCCGUCCAUUCGCCGGCAUCCGCCAUGGAGCGCGAACGGGAGCGGUUCGAGGAGGAGCAACGGGAGCAACGCGACCGAGAAAGCGGUGUCAGUAAUCUCAGUCGUGGCGGUGGCGGCGGUCCAGCGGGCGGCGCUCAGAAGAGAUCGCCAGCGUCGUCGCCGUCGUCAGCUGCCGCCAGAUCGACGGCGGCCGUCAAGAGAGCCCCGGAGCCAACGUAUUCGCAAGCUUCUUCAGGCGGGGCAGGAGGAGGAGGAGGUAGUGUUGCACCACCUGGAACCAUGUACGGGCACUACCUGCCAACUGGUUUAACUCACUCGGGUUCUCUGCCGUUUGGCUUGUCGCCAAACAUGGCCAACUUCUCGCAACAUCAUUCUGUGGCCGCCGCCGAAAUCUAUUGGAAGAUGCAUCACAACCUCAUCAACAAUCAUGCUCAGGUGGCGGCUGCUGGACAGCCAUCUCAUGAGGAAUUGUAUAUGGCUCACGAACGAGAACGCGAGAGGUUGGAACGCGUGGCCAGGGAGCGUGAAAGGGAGCGCAGAGAAUUGGAGGCCAAGGAGCAACAACAACAACGCGAAAGGGAACGCGAACGCGAGAGAAUGGAUAAGGAGCGUAUGGAACGCGAGCGCCAUAAACAAGCUGUCGAUCAACAUUUCGAAGAGUCCUUGAUGCGUUAUCAUCGACAAUUCAAUGAGCUGAAAACGGGAGCGGGACCGGGGGGAGGGGGCGUUCCACCGUCGGCACCGUGGAAUCCCCCGACUAUGCCUGUCAAGAGUCAGGUGCCGCAGCAGCAGCAACAACAACAUCAAUUAGUGAUCACGAUGAGUGGCGGCGGUGGAGGAGGAGGAGGCAACAGUCAAGCCCCACCCAGUCAUAUCAACAGUCAGGAGCGCGACAAAGACAAGGACAAUCGGGAUCGAUACAUGGCUGCCUACAAUCAAGCCAUCGAUCGAGAUCGUGAGCACCGUGAACGAAUUGCUCGCAGCGGCCAGCAACAGAGUGGUUCUAGUGGUGGCGGGCCGCCUUCCAGUAAUCCUUACCCUGCACUCCCUCGGGCUGAUUUGAGUUUCUCUGUUCAGGGAUACCAAACGGCCCCUAGUCCGUCGAAUAAUCAGAUUCAGCAUCAUCAUCAUCAGCAACAACAGCAGCAGCAGCAAUCCCUGCCCCGAAAGUCAGAACAACAGCAACAUCAUCUCUCGGCAGCUGAUUAUUCCAAAGCUGCCAGUGGUGUUGGAGGUGGGGGCGUCAUUGUUGGCCCGAGUGAACGAAUCGAACGUGAUACCAUGCGCCCUGACCAUCGUGAACAGAUGCAAAGGUCAUUCGAAUUGCAACAGCAACAACAACAACAGCAGCAGCGUUUAGAUUCUCGCGAUCAGCAGCGCCAACCCACUUUGUCGUACAAACCUUACGAACAGACGCCGCGUUUGGUAACCGGAGGAAGCAACAACAGUAGCAACAACAGCGGAAACAAUAGCAGCAAUCCCAACAACCGUACAAGUCGAAGUCCCCACCCGCAGAUGACGCCUCCAACUUCCGCUGCUUCCGGCUAUCCCAUCCAUUAUGCUGGGCCCGGUCCUGGCCCUGGCCUGUCGCAGCACUCGUACAGUCCUAAUCCCACGAGCGGCGGUCGUAGCGGUCCAUCCAAUAGCUACAUGCCUCCGCCAUCGGUGUCUCCUUCUCGGUCUCCCGCAGCGGUGGCAGCAGCAUCGGCCGCGCACGUUCCCGCUUAUCCAGCCAUGAGGUACAGCCCAGCUCCUCAAACGGCACCUGCACCUUGCACUUCGCCGUCUGCCAAUCAGAAGAAGACGAGCCCUUCGCCCCUUCAACAGCAGCAGAACGUGGGACCUGCCACUACGACCCUGUACGGCCGACCUGGGCUCGCCGGCGUUCAGGUGGUCGGUUCGGCCGGAAUUGCGAGUGGAACACCGGUCCAGUGCAGAUCGGAUCAGACGAUUCCGCUCUCUUUGAUAACGCCGAGCAAAUCGAAUCAGGUGGAAUCGGCACCUCCGCCAGCUCAUACGGCCCGUAACGUCGAUCGAGAUCGCGAGCGUGAGAUGCGAGAACGCGAACGGGAUGUGAGGAUAUACCCGCACAACGCAUUCUCGCCAUUGUCUCAUCAACUUCCACCGCCCCAGCCUCUUCUGAACAGUGCUGCGAGCAACAGGGGCGCUCCGAUUGCUGGACCACCGAUGCCUCAACAGCAGCCACUCGACUUGGGAACAUACAGAGAAGAUUCUCCCAUUCCGCUCAUUUCAUCCGCCCGCCUGUCGACUGGCGAAGCGCAAGUAAAGAAAACGCGGCCGGAACCACAGCAACAACAACAACAUCACCACCAUCAGCAACAGCAGCAACAACAACAGCCACCGCCUCCUACGCCACAAAUUCCCAUGCCUGCUUAUCCCAGCCUUGGGCCAGUUGGUUUCCCUGGAGCGCCGUUGAUGAGUGUGGCUGCUUUAAUUGAUGCUGGGUAUACCAACGUGACUGGUAGCACUGGUCAAGGGAAACCACCUAGCAAUGCAGCCAGUACCUUCUCAAUGGGUUUGGCUCCUCCACGCCAUCUGUCGGAUACUCCUCCUCUUUUGGUGUCUUCCGUACCUGUAGUUUCUAAUCCGAUCGAUCGUCCGGCCGAAGUUUCAAAUCGCCCAAUGAUCAUCAAGAAUGAACCCGGCGUCGAGACGGCUUCAACGUCUUGUCCGCCACUUGUUGAACAAGAUCGAGUUACUUCGGUAAGCCGGUCACCUCCCGUUGUUCCGGCUCCUGUCGUCAAACAGGAAGAAGUCAAAGUCAAACAAGAGCCGAUUCCGGUGACACAGUCUAAUAACACGACAUGGAGUAAUCCGGCAAGUAGUAGCAGCAGUAAUAGUAGUAGUAGUAGUAGUGGUAGUACCACUGUGUCCAAUAACAGCAACAGCGCAAAACCAGCAGUGCACAAGUUAAAGAAGGCUUGGAUUCAACGACACACUGGUGGAGAUGAAGUUGUUGUGAAACCGUCUUUCAAUAGUGUCGAUGUAAAACCGGAGCCACUCGAUCGGAGUAGCCCGGGACCGCUCAAAAUGGCUAGGAAAGCAACGACUUCCGUCAAGACAGAGAUCAACGGUUACGGUUCACCACAAAACGCAACAGAUGAGAGCGAGUCGACCGGAUUGAGAGGGGGGUCUGUGGGAGGCAAGCGGAAGCCUCGAGCAACCGCUGCAGCCAAUAAGGAUCGUGAUAAGCGAAGCAAAACUGUUGCGGCAGCGGUUACGUCUGCCGCCGUGUCUGCGACUCCAGCCUCGUCGACUGGGGGCAGCAGUUCAGAAGCCGAGGCAUCGGAAUCGGAAAACGAUGUCAACAACGGAGGUGGGCGCACGAAAAAAGGCGGAGCCGUAGCGGCACUCAAAGAGAGCGGCGGUGGCAAGGGCGCUGGCCGCGGCUCCGUGGCUGGUCGUCAGAGGAACAGUGACAGUAGUAGCAGCAGCAAGGAGGGCCAACCGGUACGCAAAGGACGAGCGGGGGGAGGGGUUUCUUCGGGCGCCGCCGCGCCAGGAAAUUCGUCUCCGUCUGGGCCUAAUGCCAAAUCAGGGUCAGGCAACCCGUUCAACAAACCUCCAGUGCCGGUGCUGAAGAAGAGCGGUGAAAGUUUUCUUCAGGAUGCCCCGUGCUGGGAGGUCGCGCCUCGCUUGGCCAAGUGCCGCGAAUGCCGGCUCACCCCCCACCAGCGCAAGAGGAACGAGCAGCAGAGCAACGCCAACAUCUUCUGUCGCUUUUACGCUUUCCGUCGACUCCGCUACACAAAGACUGGCCAGUUGGCGAUUGCUGGAUUCUCGGAUCCUUUAAAGGAUGCGUCAGAAGACGAUUUACGGUUAUGGUUGCCUCAACCGGAUAAGUCUGUGCAAGAGUUGGACGUCGACAUGUCGUUGUUUCUUCUUACUCACGUUGGUGAUCAGUUUUGCUGGAUGGUUCAAACGGAGAAAGAAGCCAAGGCCGAGGCUUUGGCAGCUGAAACGGAGGAUGGCGACACGAUUCAACAGCAAAUCGCUUGGAAACGAGUUGUGCAGGGAGUGCGCGAAAUGUGUGACGUGUGCGAAACUACCCUUUUCAAUUUUCACUGGGCGUGCGGCAAGUGUGGCUACGUGGUGUGCAUCGAUUGCUACAAGACGAGAAAAGCUGCCAAAUCACCCACCAAUGGAAAUGGAAGUGGCAGCAAAGAUGACGAAAAAGAGGAAAAGGAUAAAGAACGUGAUCUUCACGGUUGGUUGUACUGCACCAGCCGUUCGGGGCAUGACCCUGAUAAGUUAAUGCCGACCCAAAUUAUUGCUGGCAAGGCUCUGGAGUGUAUGGAGCGAUUAGUGCAUUCCUACCGGAAGCAGUGGAACAUAGCUGAAUUCUGUGAUUGUCCCGAAGGCAACAAAUCUGUCGAAGUUAACGCUGUCGAGUCCAAUGGUUCGGUCAACCCGGGACCGAAUGGCGUCUGCAAGAAUACGAAUGCUGGAUCUUCUAAAACGGAUGGAUUAUCAAAUGGUGACGCUGAAGGGAAAAGUGCCGAUUCAGAAUCUGUGAAACCCGUCAAUGGAAACCCGUCGCAGCCCGGUGGCGAUUCCAAAAAUGGGGGCAACCAAAUCGGUUCGUCGCUCUUGAACGUCUUGGCUGACGUGGCUUUGAAUAAGGAAAAGAAAUCGGGCAAAUCAAAGAACGGUUACGGUCUUGCAGCUAAGGGCGAAACUCCAGAUGGAUCGGCUACCGUGAUUGGUUACGAUGGCGAAUCGGAUAUGCCCAGCGACGAAGAAGAAGGCGGUGAACACUUCUCUACUCUUAGAGAAUUGCUUAUCCGCCCGGCUCCCAAGACCAGCUCGGGAAAGAAUUCUGAACAAAACGCACCACCUGUACCGAAACGACAACGGAUGGAAACCCUUGAGGACGUCAUUUCGUGCGUCAUUGAAAGGGGAGUCGAUCGCGAGCCCAGUCCCGAGGCUUCUGCUUCUGUCACGACGCCUGCUGCCACGGCUGCCACUAAUCCGUCUACUGCCACCGCAAACACUGCUACGAGCAAAGAUACAAACGGGGAGCCUGAAGAAGUUGCUGUCGAUGUUGAACUAGUGCAUUUCAAGCGUCGUGGAGACGCGUUUAAAACGGUGUUGAGUCGCGGAAUGCUUCCUCCGCGCAUCAUGGUUCUUUCAGAGUCGUUGAAGGCUUACCCGGAUAUCCCACAUUCUUGGCUUUGCAACGGCAAGUUGCUCAGAUUGGAAGACCCAGUAAACCCAAACAAUUACAAGCUCUUUCAGGAUUCGUGGAAACGAGGUCAGCCAGUUAUGGUCUCCGGAGUGACCCAACUAAUGGAUCAGGCCAUCUGGCAUCCGGACUCAUUUCUCAAAGAUUUCGGCGACGUCAAAAAUGACCUUGUCAACUGUUUGACCGGAAACACAGUCCCAAACCAACCCAUGAAGAAAUUCUGGGAAGGUUUUGAGCGUCUGACAAAAAGACUUAAAGAUGAUAAGGGCCAGCCGAUGUUACUUAAAUUAAAGGACUGGCCACCCGGUGACGAUUUCGCCGAGUUGCUGCCAAGUCGUUUCAGCGACCUGAUGAAGGCUCUUCCACUGGCUGAGUACACGCACCGCAACGGUCGUUUGAACUUGGCUGGUCGAUUGCCCGAGUGUUUCGUGCGACCGGAUCUCGGCCCCAAGAUGUACAAUGCGUACGGUUCGGCGUUGCUAUGUAGCAAGGGAACUACCAAUCUCCACCUUGAUGUCUCGGACGCAGCCAACGUCAUGGUCUACGUAGGGUUGCCUAAAGAAGCGAACAGUGAAGAGCACAUUAAAGAGGCUUUUAAGGCGGUUGAAGAGUCUGGAUGCGAUUUCCUUACGCGAAAGAGGAUCGAAUCUGGAGGCGAAAUACCUGGUGCGCUAUGGCACAUCUACCAAGCUAGAGAUGCCGACCGCAUUCGCGAUUUUUUAAAUAAGGUUGCACUUGAACGAGGAGAGCGUCUAGAGCCGCAUCAUGACCCUAUUCACGACCAAAGCUGGUAUCUCGACGGGGAACUUAGAAAGCGAUUAUAUACGGACUAUGGAGUCGCUGGCUAUGCCAUCCUUCAAUGUUUGGGCGAUGUUGUUUUCAUUCCCGCCGGAGCGCCCCAUCAGGUGAGAAACCUUCAUAGCUGCAUCAAAGUUGCCGAGGAUUUCGUCUCACCCGAGACGGUGGCUCACUGCUUCCAGUUGACUCAAGAGUUCCGUCACCUUUCGGAUUCACACACCAAUCACGAGGACAAGCUGCAAAUCAAAAACAUCAUCUAUCACGCUAUGAAGGACUCUAUUGCAGCCCUCGCUCACGCAAAGAACAUAACCUUCGCUGAGCUGUUGAAAGUUUAUGAAUCUUUUGCCGACGGCAACGAUUCGACUCGUUAGUCCCAAACUGUCAUCGUGCCCAAAUUUCAAUGUCAUUGAUUUGAAAAAGAAGGAAUGGCGAGAAUUGUUAAAUUUGACAACCGUUUAAGUGAGGCUAACUAUCGGAACAGUUCACAACAACGGGAUAUGGGCUGCACAUUGUGCAAUCUUGUUACGUUGAAGGUAUGUGUGCCUUGGGAGAAUGAAAUAGAAUAGCAUUGAUCUCAAGUUCAGUGGGACGUGUUUCUCUAUCUUAUGAUUUUGAUUUUCCUCUUUUUUUCUUUUCCGACU